UAGCGCUUCCGAAAGCUUACAGAGCGGCGAUGCGGCCCGGCAGCAGCCUUCACGAUCCCCGCGCCCCGCUCGCCCCCGAGCCCGUUCCCGCCGGCCGCUGCCGCUGGUGCUCGCGCUGAAAGCGCGGCAUCGAUCGCCGCGUGGCGCUCGGAGCCGUCCGAGCGGAUCCAGGGCGGCACGCAGGGGCACCGAACGGAGCCGGGUCGCCGCUGCGUGCUGGCUUGUGGCCCCAGCAGUCAGCUUGGCGUUCUCCUAUUUCCGUUUUUCUCUCACUCUGCGGGCGCGCGGUGUGCCUCUGAUCUGCAGAAGUGGAGCUGAUCUGACCCGUAGUUGCGCCUCCAGUGAAGUCAACUGGAGACUGACAACAGAAGUCUUGGCAUAUGUUCCGGUUACAACGAAGUAACACCUGAACAGACCCUGCGUUCUGCUUUUAGCAAUAUGUUUCCUAUAUAUCUUCAAAAAACAAAUCAUUACAUAUAGCUAGUGAGAAUACUGUGAAGCAAACCUUAGUACUAUUUAUGAAGUAUUUAUGAGUUAUAUCCAUUGGACGUACCUUUAAAUUCCCAUUUGAUGCCAUACUUUUAAAAGCAGAAGCAAUCAGCUACUGGAAGAGGCUACAAAACAAUGUGUAAAAAUUUCACUGCAGGGACUUUUUUGUAUCCAGAUCAGAUGUUUUUCUGAUGAUCCCAUUCAACUUCUAACCAGGGAGCCAUAGAGUGCCAGUAACGGCACAGGGAACUUGGAUGUUUCUCUGCUGACUUUGGUCUUAUUACAGCACCUGCAUUUGUCUCUAAAAGAGUUCAUGAGUCAGAUUUUCAGGAAAGCUCAGUGUUUCUGUAGACUCCAGUGUUUGAGCCAAUUUUCUAAGAGCUCUGCAUAUCGUGUGUGCUUACAGUAUAAAAAGCUUUUCUGAAAAAAAUCCAGCUGUUCUCCAGCUGCCCAAACAAUAAUCCAGGUUCUCCUGUCUUUAAAUGCAGCUCCUUGUGAGAGGCUGUAGAUAAACACUGUUACUGCGAGAGUCUUCACUGCCUUGCUCACUGGGAAAGCAUGUCUGACUUCAUAAAUCAGCUGCUAUCAUUUACAUUGCAGUUUCUCUAGGAUUUCACAAUUACUGAGAGCUCAUUGGGCUUCUCUGCCUUCUGUGCUACUGUGUUCUUGACAGUGCUGUGGUGUGGGAAGAAGACUGAGGGCAGGUAAGAGCACUUCUCUUGGGUUGUAGGCGAUGGGCGGUGAGUCAGUGGCAGCGAGAGAAUCCAGACAUCCAGUCUUUGCUUCAUCCAGAGCUUCAGGUUUGUGCAGCUAUUGGAAAUGGCCUUCUGUGCAUUUGAGUGUAUUCACUUUGAACUUGUAACAUUAGCAUAAAAGUAAUAAUAAGUGAGAUUCCUAUUCAAAGGAAAAGUGUAUGCAGUUUCACAAGCUUUGUGGGGGUUGUUGUAAGCCUGCAUUACAAUUAAAUGCAAUUAAAAGCAUCGAAUCAGGUGAAGCCCAUUCUGUCAGGAAGCUUGCACUUUCUCUGCUGUUGGAAAGAUGAAUGUCCCAUCUUUGAAUCUCUAUGCCAAUUAUUUUUGCUUUAAAACUUUUAAAAACUUUUUAAAAGUAUGAAAGAUGUAUCUAUUUCCUUCUGGUCCAAAGAAGAUUUUUUCUGUAUCCAGUAUCAGUAUGCAGGUGCACACAAAAAAUAGUCAGAUGCAUGAGGUUCCAUACUGAAUCCUCACUCUGACUCUCGAGUUACAUAAUUUUGUAUUCCAUUAUUUAAGAUGUACUGUGAUAUCUAUCAUACAUUUUUCACUAAUCCCACACAGGCUGUACUUAGCAGCUUGAAAUUUUCAUUCAUUCUGCUGUUUCUCUUUUUUUUUUCCAUUAGCAUUAUUAUGCAGUAACUUUCUUACCUUUAUGUAGUUUGUCUUUCUCUCUCUUGUGAGUGGGCUGUGUCCUCAAUAGGUAGUCACAUAAAUUGCAUCACCGGGGGAUCUAGCUCCUAGUAACCUUGUUAGACAGGGUGAAAAUGCCAUCUUUGAGACCUACGCACUGUAGAAGAAGGAUGAAGUAUAAUUUUAACUCUUCCAUUCAAAGUAAAGUCUGCAACCCUCACUCCUCACCACUCCUCCCGCCACAUACACAGUCCUGCCUGAAACACCCUGGAGGACUCCAGGAAGAUGAAUAUCUCCUUCUCUUUUUGCUGCCCGAUUUGGAAAGAAAAAGCCAGUAAGUCAGGGUGUGUAUGAAAUGGCACUCUGUCAGUGGCACUCAUCAUUUGAUCCCAGAUUAUCUGCUCACGUGGCAAAUGUUAAAUGUGCACGGUUCUUGUUAUGCCUCCCUGUGUCAUCCAUACUUUCCUUCUCUCCUCCCUGGCCAAGUUAGGACUAGAGAUAACAUAGUCCAGAAAGAGUUUACAUGUGUGGAAUUUCAUAACAGAGGUACAACUUAUUUUAGUUACAGUUCAUUAUAUGAACUGAUUAUAUACAAAUCAGAGUGCUUUUGGAGGAACCCUGAAGUUCAAGUUGCCCACAGCUAUCUGUAAUUACCUAUUGCAAAUAAGGGCUGUGUGGCACUCGGAAGGUAACUUACCAGCAGGCAGCAUGGAGAGGUUACAUAUGUGGGCAGUUUGUCAGUGAUGCUUGUGAUGCAGUGGCUUCGACCUCCUCUGUGCAUUAACAUGAAGUACUAGAAAACAUUCUUUGUAUGUUUAUCUAGCAAUAAGAAAAAAGUAAAAUACUUUGGAAAACUAAUAACUGAAGAAGCAGAUAAUCCUAUACUCCUAUAAAUAUACUCCUAUAUUUAAAGAUUAACAGCACAAAUUUACAUUAGUACAGAGUCUGAAUUAUUCCAUUCGCUGUCAAUGUAUUGUACAGAGGAGCUGGCCCUGAACUGGAGACGUAUCUUUUGAGGGCUCGCAGAAUACAUGAAGCUCUCAAAAACAAUUUUGAUAACUUUCUUAUCUUGUUUGACUAUUGUGAAGUUGAUGGCUCUUUUCUAUUUCUCCAGAAAAGAAAAGAAGGGGAAAAAAUCACCAUCUCUGGUUAUUUGUAUCAUUACACUUAUUUCUAGUCUCCAUGGAAACCGAUGUGCUGCUCCACAACCAUGUAACAUUUUGAUAUGUUGCAUAAAUCAGAUGGAGAGAUUAGGUUCUGCAUCUUGCCCAUUACUCAAUUAAAAAUGGCUUGCAAAUUUAACAUUUAGAGUAAGAAAGAAAGAAAUGAAGAUAAACAAGAUAUUAUGACCUGAUCCCCCAUGUUUGUGCAUAUAACUCUGCCACACAGUUUGAUUCUGAUAGGCAUUAAUUUGGAAGAGUUCAUUGCUUUUAGUAGAGUUAUAUGUAUUAGUACUAUGGAAUCUGAGAGUAUAACAGUGAACAGUCAGUCAAACUGACUCUGACAAAGUUUUAAUCUUGCCAGACUUGAAGUAACAGUCCCCUCUUUGUAAUUUAUAUAAGCAAGGCUUUUUGAAAAUCAAGAACCUUAUAACUUUAUCUUUCUGUCUUCACUACUAAGGAAGAAACACAUAUCCAAAUUUGUUUCCUCUGAAAAAGUGUCUGCCUGCCUCUUUAAGAUUUCUAUUUCUUUACUCCAAGCUUUAUUAAUUGAAGGCACGUAAUCUUACUGAGACAGCAGAAGAAAUACACAGAGAGAGCCUGAUCUUCUCUGAGCAGAGCCAACCCAUGAGGAGUGAGUGCUCUCAGCUGCAUACAAAAUACUGUGGAAAAAAAUGUAUGCCAGUCGAGAGGAUAUUGGGUAUGAUUUUGGAGAUGACUCAAAAGUUGGAAGUAAGCCAAUUAAGCCUAAUCCAAACAUCGAUGGAGGAUGGGCUUGGAUGAUUGUAUUUUCCUCUUUCCUUGUGCACAUACUUAUUAUGGGGUCCCAAAUGGCCCUUGGAAUACUCAACAUGGAGUGGCUUGAAGAGUUUAAUCAAAGUCGUGGCUUAACAGCAUGGGUUAGCUCUCUUAGCAUGGGCAUUACACUUAUUGUAGGUCCUUUCAUUGGUUUAUUCGUUACCAUGUGUGGGUGCCGCAAAACAGCAAUAAUUGGAGGGAUAUUGAAUGCCCUAGGCUGGAUAUUGAGUGCCUAUGCCUCAAAUGUGCACUACCUCUUCCUUACAUUUGGAGUGACAGCCGGCAUCGGGAGUGGCAUGGUUUAUCUGCCUGCAGUGGUCAUGGUAGGACAAUAUUUUCAGAAGAGAAGAGCACUUGCACAAGGACUCAGUACCACAGGAACAGGGUUUGGAGCUUUCUUAAUGACAGCCUUGCUGAAGUACCUCUGCAGGGAGCUUGGGUGGAGAAAUGCCAUGUUCAUCCAGGGUGCAAUCUGCCUGAACCUUUGUGUCUGCGGGGCACUUAUGAGACCACUUUCUCUCAAACACGUGAAUGAAAAGUACGUUGUAAGAUGUAAUAGUGAAGAUAAUCGGGCAAAAGCUCUGUCCCACUCUGCAGAGACUAUAAAAUCCAAUGGAGUCCUCAGUGAAGAACCAGAAAAAAAGGAAGUGAUAAAAAAUGAAGAAGUGCUUGAUAAUAUUAAGCACAUAGAAAUUGGAGGUAAAUCUCGGAUUGGAAAAAGCAUGUAUGGACUGCGCGUUCUUAAGACAGUGAGCCAGCUGACAAUUACAGUCAGGAAGGGCUUUGGAAUCUGGUACUCCAGUUACUUCGGAGCUGCAUCACUGUUCACCAACAGAGUAUUCGUGGCCUUUAUAAUCUGGGCUUUGUUUGCCUAUAGCAGCUUUGUCAUUCCCUUUAUUCAUCUUCCAGAGAUAGUCAAGCAGUACAAUUUAUCUAGUCAGAACAAUAUAUUUCCUUUGACGUCCAUUAUAGCAAUUGUUCAUAUUUUUGGUAAAGUGAUCCUUGGAAUCAUCUCUGAUCUGCCUUGCAUCAGCACUUGGAAUGUCUUCCUCAUGGCUAACUUCACCCUGGUCACCUGCAUUCUUACUUUGCCACUAAUGCAAACAUACAUUAGUUUGGCUGUGGUCUGUGCUCUAAUAGGAUUUUCUAGUGGCUACUUUUCUCUAAUGCCUGUUGUGACUGAAGAUUUGGUUGGAACUAAACACCUUGCAAAUGCCUAUGGCAUCAUCAUUUGUGCCAAUGGAAUAUCUGCAUUGCUUGGACCACCCUUUGCAGGUUGGAUCUAUGACAUCACACAUAAAUAUGAUUUUUCUUUUUAUAUAUGCGGCUCGCUAUAUAUGGUGGGAAUAUUAUUUUUAUUUAUACAACCUUAUAUUGGAAAGAAACAAUCACAGGAAAAAUCUACUGAAGAGGCACAAGUAUAGAAUGAAUUCCAGAUGUUUGGGUUUUUUUUACACAAUUUAUUUCUUUCCAUGUUUCUAUUGCAUGCAGUUUAAAGCUGUUUUUCUUAAGGAACCAACCACAUUGAGCUGUGCUUAAGUACUUAUGUGAAAGGAAAAUGUACACCAAAAUUAUGAUAAUUCAUUAGAAAUAUGCUUUUAAAAUGACUUAAGAUCUUUCACUUCAGUACAAACAAAAGCACACUGACAGUCUUAGAAUUGGAGCGAUGUUAGAAAUAUUUACUUUUGAUUCUCUUAACUUUUCAUCACUAACCUUUGGUGAAACUCCACUGACUGCAGUGCAGUCACUUCUGAUUUACACUAGUCCUGUCAGAUAGUUUUAUCGGGAUGCAAAUGAUUUAUAAAAAUCCGUCUACAGAGUAUCCUAUCUGAGUUAGAACAUAUAAGAAAAUGAUUGUAUUUCUUACCCAGCUAGUCAAGUACUGCUGAAAUGCUAGCACAACACUUCAAUGAGUUCAGUGUAUGAAAAUUCAAGAUUCUGUGAUGCAAAGCUGAAGAAAAAUAUUUAUGUUUUUCUGAAAGGGCUCUCUACUUGAAUCAUUUUUUAUUUUUAUUUUUAAUUAUCAAGUGCGUGAUAAAUUAGCCAUCCUCGAUAUGUGGGCUGUGUUAUACAUGCUCUGACACUUAAUGCACCCGAAGGAAAGCAAACAGAAAAGCAAAACCAGAAAACUGAUGGAAAAUGCUAAUUUGAUUCUUCAACAGAAAUGAUAAGCAGCAAAAGCUGAUGAUCUCUUACACAGUUCCACAUGCAUGAGUUACCACAUUCAGAUAGACUGAUUUCUGAUCGCAGGUUCAACUUCUCCAGCAGUUACUCAUGAUUUAUGUUGAUGGAAUUGAGAACAGAAUAUGGAACCAUGUAUACAGUUUUCUAGUUCUGCUCACUGAAAUUCAGCUCUAUUAUUGUGGACAACAUCCAACACCCAAUCCAACAUCCAAGUUGGAUUUCACUGUAGCUGUGUUAACUGUCCUAGAGCUGCUGAUCAUACCUGUAUCAGGUAGAGAUACCCAACAUGAGAAGAAAAGCUUUUUGCAUUUAUAAAUACAGAAAUUUUUAUUUAUGCUUUGAAAAGUUAAACUUGAUCUGACUCUUGUCUGUAGUCUUCUAUGAUGGAGAAAUAAUUUAUUUAAAUGAACAAUAGCCCCUUCAUUGUAAAACAAAACAAAACAAACCGGUAUAUUUAAGGGAGCAAAUGCUAUUGUUAUGGUAUAUCCAGGUUCUUACAGGUUCUUAAGCCUGCCUUGUUGUUUGGGACCUCACAGUGAAAGCAUUGCACCACAGACUGGAAAAUAUUUCCAGAAACAGUUUGACCUUUCUGGCCGCUGUCUGGCUGGGACAAGUAAGCUGUACUAAAGAAAUAGAGCUGGGCAAAAGUGCCCAAAUACAGUGUAAGAAAGAACUGAACUACAGCAUGCUAAGUUUUAUUACAAUUAACUUCAGAAUAAAAACUGUAGAAUUAUGAACAGUUGUGUUGCUGCAUACAAGUACACCAUGAACUGCCUAAGACUGGUCAUGUUUUAGAUGUUUACUCACUAGCAAAUUAGAUAACACAAAGCAUGGAAGAACUCCAGUCAAUUUAAAAUAUUGAAAUAAAUUUUCUUAACAUUAAUGCAGAAUGUUUUGAAUAAUGUUACAUCAUGUAUCUCAGCUUUGACAGGUGAGCCUGAUGUUAGUUUUCCUAUAUGAAGUAAAUGUCACUGUUUCUUUUUCCUGCUUGCUUCAUGCUUUUUCACGACAAAUCAAGUUCUUGGUUUACUACUGAUACGUGCCACUUGAAUUCUCUAAAAGCAAUCGACAUUUUUCAGUUGUAUUGAAGAAAUAUUUAAAAUAGAUCUUGAGGUGAAAACCUCAAGAAAACCCAAAACUACCUAGAGAUUUAGAUCAGUUCAUUGAUGUAAUAUGUAUAGCCUUUAAAAUCCACGUUAAAACAACUGAGGUGGCAGUGAACUGCAACAUGUGGCAUGAAUAAGCAGCCAGUUUAUUUCUUAAAAUCAGCUUCUUUUGCUGAAGGAAAUAUUCAUGUAAACUACUCCGACAUCAGUUCUUUAGUCACAGGUUUAAUGGUCUUGGUGUAAAUGGCAUUGCUAACUUACUUUAGCUGAGCUUUCUUACACUGGUGAAAUAUAUGUAUUAUAGUGAUGAUUUGCCUCAAUUUCCUUCUAUUUUUGAAAGAUAUAUAGUAAUUAUACUUAAAACCUCACUUUGCCUUUUGUUAAAAUCAAGUUUAUUUGCAUAUUACUGUAAUGAAUAUGUUGCUCAUUUAUAUCUGCAAAUUACCUUCCUAAAGUCCUUACCGAGCCAUAUAAUGGGAAUAAACAUUUAAUACCCCAAAUUUGACUUUCUGUUCAUUUACUAGUUAGGUUCACUUCCUAAACUUAAAACUGAAGAUUCUCCUGUAAAAUGAUUGUUCACACUUGCUGUAACAGACGAUGGGGAUACAUGAUUGAUCAAAGAGGUAAGAAAGUGGGCUGAGUGAAAACAGUGAAAUGAGGAUACUGAAUUACCAUUAACUCAGUCCAUACUGACUAGUGUGGGUUCUAGUUUGCUAACCUGAAACUGCCUAAAUCAGUUAUGUUACAAACUAACAAAGAAUAAAUUCACAGAAAGUGAGAACAAAGGUCUGUUUAGUAGCUCUAUUCACAGUUCUUAAAAUCAUCUCUAAAGCAAAGUUACUUUUUACUGUGUUUUAUUACACAGAACAGAAAUUUCACAAAUACAGUAUUUUAUGCGCAUCGUGAAUUUUCUGUCAUUGUCCUGAAAUGAGAAUGGCAUGAGGAGAAAAGAAUGUAUCUAAGUAUUUAAAGUGCAGUUUUUCUACCUAAAAACUAGAGAUGCCAAGUUCUUCAAGAAUACUGAUACAUAGCUGUAGAGCAACAGGAAAACAGGAAGAGAGUUUGCA